GCAAUGCUGCAUUGCUCUUGUGUGUGCCCCGCCUGCCGGGUGUCACUGUUACUGGAAACGAACGCACCGGACACCGCCCACAAUCGAAGCCCACUCCUCUCUCUUGAUGUUGCUAACGACAGCUAGUUGAUAGACGGCAAACCAGUUCCUGUGUGUGAGUGUGUGUCCUUCAGUCUGUAAUGGCGGUAGCUGGGAACCCAGGUCCGGGGGCCACACAGUGCGUGACCAAGGUGGCGCUGAGCAUCUCCUGUCAGAAUCUGCUCGACAUGGACACCUUCUCUAAGUCCGACCCGCUGUGCGUGCUUUUUAUGAACAGCUCUGGGCCCCACUGGUGUGAGAUCGGCCGGACAGAGAAAAUAAACAACAGCCUUAAUCCAAGCUUCUCCAAGACCUUUGUCAUCGACUACUACUUUGAGAUGGUGCAGAAGCUGAAGUUCGAAGUGUACGACAUCGACAGCGAGAACUGCAGUCUGCAAGAGGCUGACUUCCUGGGAGAAGUGGAGUGUACCUUGGGACAGGUUGUGUCCUCAAAGAAAAUUACACGACCACUUGUCAUGAAGAACAAGUCGCCUGCAGGAAAAGGAACCAUCACUAUAAGCGGAGAGGAAAGAACUGACAACCGGGUGGUGGAAUUUGAUAUGGCAGCUAGAAAACUGGAUAAAAUGGAUUUCUUUGGGAAGUCCGACCCUUUCCUGGAAUUCUUCAAGCAGACAGAAACUGGAUGGAUGCUGGCUCACAGGACAGAGGUGGUGAAGAAAAACUUAAACCCAACGUGGAAACGAUUCCGUGUCCCGCUGCAAUCCCUCUGUGGAGGAGAUGUGGAGAAACCUAUAAAGGUUGACUGUCUUGACUACAACAACAGCGGAUCUCACGACUUCAUCGGCUCCUUCCAGGCCACACUCUGCCAAAUACAGCAGGCUUCCGAGAAGUUCGCGGCUGAGUUUGAAUGCACCAACAGUAAGAAGAAACAGAAGAAGAAAGGAUACAAAAACUCUGGUAUCAUCGUCAUAAAACGGUGCAAGGUUGUGAAGGAGUACACGUUCCUGGAUUACGUAAUGGGUGGCUGCCAGAUUAACUUCACUAUUGCUGUUGACUUCACUGGUUCCAAUGGAGACCCCAAAUUCCCUGUAUCCCUCCACUACAUCAACCCUCAGGGCUACAAUGAAUACCUGGCAGCCAUCUGGGCAGUGGGCAAUGUCAUCCAGGACUAUGACAGUGACAAGAUGUUCCCUGCUUUUGGUUUCGGAGCCCAGAUCCCUCCGACAUGGCAGGUCAGCCACGAGUUUCCCAUCAACUUCAAUCCAUCGAAUCCGUUUUGUGCAGGGAUAGAAGGUGUGGUGCAGGCCUACCGGCAGUGUCUGCCUCAGGUGAAGCUUUAUGGCCCAACAAACUUUUCUCCAAUCAUCAACCAUGUGGCCAACUUCGGCAGACAAGCCCUGCAGCAGCAAACUGCCUCUCAAUACUUUGUUUUGCUCAUCAUCACUGACGGAGUGAUCACAGACAUGGAUGAGACCCGCAACGCCAUUGUCAAUGCAUCUCGUCUGCCAAUAUCUAUCAUCAUAGUCGGGGUAGGGGGGGCGGACUUCACUAACAUGGAGUUCCUGGAUGGAGACGAUGGAAAUUUACGCUCGGCUACAGGCGAGGCUGCCAUGAGGGACAUUGUGCAGUUUGUGCCAUUCAGGCAGUUCCAAAACGGUCCUCAAGAAUUGCUCGCUCAGACUGUCUUGGCAGAAGUCCCGGGUCAGGUGACGGACUUCUUCAGAGCCACGGGUUUGAGGCCACCCCAGGGCGACACACCUCUCCCUGACCUCUCAACAUCAGCACCUCCCCAGUGACGCAUCCUGAGAGUCAGCUUUUCUCUUCAAUAUAACACUUACAAAGGCUACCUAAACUCUGGAAUGUAUGUUUACAGGUCGUUUUCUUUCAAGUGUAAUAACUAUCAUAAGGUCGUUAACGUACAAGCAUGUACAAAGAUGUACUAAUAAUAUAGAUCCAUAGUUGAUGAAGCCAUAUUACCCAAAUAUUGUCAAAUAUUUAGAUUUUGUCAAUAUCUCCUAACAUUUGUUGACUUCCCUGUAACUUAGAUAUUUAAUACGACACUUGUAUAUAUGACUCUAUGUGACUCAAGUGCCAGAAUUGUUCAGGGCUUAUGAUUUCUUAUUUUAUCACUUUGCUUAUGAAUCAGUUGUAAUAUGUGUAACUUGGCUCAAGGACUUUGGUUUCAGUAGAAAUACUGAGGCAGCCUUAAACAGCCAUCUGCUCAGUCCGAGUUGUCAAUGUGUUUCUGCUUAUGUGUGUCCAUAUUAAAGUGAACACACAAAGGCCCAAUCCCAUUUCAUUCCCGUUGGGCCUUCCCCUCUUCGUUUUGCGCGGAGAAUUUUUACACCCUCACUUCGAACCAAGGGGUACCCAAAAUGCCUUGCAAAUGACCGGCAAGCUGGGUGAGAGACCGACAACUGUAGUAUUUUGUCCAUUAAUAAGAUUAUAAAAAUUACAAUAAUGAUUGUAAUAUCUUACUUUAAUGUAAUUUCAAUGUAUUAUGGUCACUUUAACAACCUUAAAAAACAGGAGCCCUAGCGCGCUAGCCUUAGCAUGCUAUCAAUCAUUAUUUCCCCAUGAUAAUCCCCUAUUCUCACAUAACUUCAUAUCGCACCCCCUCCCUUGUGACUCUGUUUCAAGGGGCAAGAUAUACCUCGAAAUCAAGUGGUAGGGAUAGGGCCAAGGGGUGAAAUGGGAUUGGCCGGAAUGUAGCAGUUUCCAUUGACAUCACAGACCUUGAUCAAGGUAAUGGUUUUGACAAACCGCAGGAAAUCUUCCGUGAUGCUUAUGGAUGAGAAUUUAACAAAUGAUUAGAUUUAAUGUCUUUUGUAGAUUUUUCACUACAGAAGUUGCUGGAUUGUGUCCUCGCUGCUGUUUUUGCAUGUCUCUCUUUCUAUUUUUAAAUUCACUUUCACAUUUGGUUUGAGGUAAUAUUUGGUGCUUUUAUAUGAACCUUAAACCGAGAGAAUCCCAAGGAGCCAUUCUUUACAGUAGUGGACAUCUUCAUGUGGUAAAACACGUGUUUACAUAGCAAAUACAUUCAAGCUGUCUUAAGAGGAGAAAGUAAAACCUCUAACUUAAAGGACUUAAAAUGACAAAAAGUGUAUCUUUAUAUAUGACUGAUGUUUAAUAUCACUAUGUUAAGUGUACGUUAAGUUUUUUGCACUGAUUAUCGUGCCAAUGCCUUAUGUAUAUCCUUUUGUUUGUCAUUGAUUUUAUCAAUAUUUCAUGUAAAUGAUAUUUGUAAAUGAAGAAAAAUCUCAUUUCACUAACAAAAUGUACUAGUAUGAGAGUAUUAGUUUUGUUUUUUAUGUUUUAUGUGCCACCUCCUUAAUGUCAUGACAUUAAAAACAUACUUUAUGUUUUUUCACCUCA